AUGAGACUCACAGCAAAGACGCAGAACGAGCACGAGGCCCAGAAGCUCCACACCGAGAUGAAGACGAUGAAAACACGAUACAGAUUAAAUGUAAAUGGUCUGAAACUGGUUGAGACUCAAAUCGCCGUGACGAAUAACCCUCUGGUUCUGGUUCUGGUUCUGUCCUGCAGCGAGCUGACUCUGGAUGAACCUCCUCAGACCUGCUGGUCCGGUUUGUGUGGUUUCCCGUCGCUGGUGUCUCAGGUCCAUGUUCUGCAGGCGGACGGACUCGCAGCUCAGGACUCAGACGGAGUGUCGGACCCCUACGUGAUCAUCACCUGUGAAGGUGAGAAGGUGCGCUCUGCGGUCCAGAAGAACACCUGUAGCCCCGCCUUCAACACCAAGGGACUGUUCUACAGGAAGAGGAGCAACCGGCCAAUCAGCAUCCAGGUCAGGACAGGUGUAGUUCUGCUGUGCACCUGA